CCACACAGGUCAAGAGAGGUGGCUGAACGUUUAAGCCCUGGACACAAUGAGUGCGGAGGACUUCUCCCAGUCGGACUGGGGGUGGCUGGAUUUUAACCAGUCCCUCAACGAGAGUGGGCAGGCGUUCGAUCUCGAAGCCCAAGGAGUCCUGUUCCUCUACGCUAUCCCGGCCAUCUACGGGCUCAUCAUCCUGGUGGGGCUGAUCGGCAACGUGACCCUCAUCAAGAUCUUCUGCACCGUGAAGUCCAUGAGGAACGUGCCUAAUAUCUUCAUCACUAGCUUGGCGCUGGGCGACCUGCUGCUGCUGCUGACCUGCGCCCCGGUAGACGCCAGCAAGUACAUCACCAACGAGUGGCUGUUCGGUCGGGUCGGCUGCAAACUUAUCGCCUUCAUCCAGCUGACAUCGGUGGGAGUCUCAGUCUUCACGCUGACUGCGCUCAGUGCGGACAGGUAUAAAGCUAUAGUCAGACCGAUGGACAUCCAAACCACCAAUGCUCUGAUGAAAAUCUGUGUGAAGGCUGCAUUCAUCUGGGUGUUUUCAAUGCUGUUGGCUGUUCCUGACGCCGUGUACUCUGACCUGCAUUCUUUCAAUAACUCCGAAAUCAAUAAGACUUUUAAAGCUUGUGCCCCGUAUCCACACGGCAAUGACCUGCACCCUAAAAUCCACUCCAUGGCAUCCUUCCUGAUUUUCUACGUCAUCCCUCUCUUCAUCAUCUCCGUGUACUACUUCCACAUUGCCAAGAACUUGAUCAGGAGUGCAUACAAUAUUCCAGCAGAGGGCAAUCAGCACAUAUUGAGACAGAUGGAGUCCAGGAAAAGACUUGCAAAGACGGUGCUGGUAUUUGUGGGCUUCUUUGCUGUAAGCUGGCUCCCCAGUCAUAUCAUCUACCUGUACCGCUCCUACCAUUACAGGCAGGUGGACACUUCCUUGGCACACUUGGUUGGCAGCAUUUGUGCAAGGAUUCUGGCCUUCAGCAACUCCUGCAUCAACCCCUUCGCCCUCUACCUGCUAAGCAAGACCUUCAGAAAACAAUUCAACAACAAUCUGUUUUGCUGCAGGAGCCAUCUGCUCAUUCGAUCGGCCAGCAUGGGCAAGAGCACCACGGCUUCACGCAUGACAUCCCUCAAGAGCACCAACCAUUCAAUUGGAAGCUUCAGUCUAAUCAAUGGGAACUUUGCUCAUCAGGAAGGUUAUGUAUAGGGCUGCCAGGCAGCACCAUUAGACGAGGCACAUCUGACUUUCAACCAUAGCAUGCCCAGUGAGUGCCAGUCUCAGUGAAGAGAAUGUGAAAAGAAUCUUUGGGCCAAGUGGAGAAUGUUGGGACUUGGAACAAAGGGUUUCAGUUGGGUUUUUGACAGAAUAAAGGACGUAAUUCAGAUUAAAGCAGUUUACUUUGAAAUGCCAGGAAUAGUUUUGAUAUGCAGUGGGCCCUCCCUAUUAAUGGGGAAGCCAUCAGGGAGCUAAAGGUUUACCAAAGAUAAGCCACAGAAGUAGUGGUUUGCCAGACUCAGGGCAAGUUGCGGGAGGCAAUAAGUAAUAUUGUUACCUUGUUACAGAAGGGCCAUUUUGGUAUUCUUUCGAAGUUAGGACAUUUAUUAAUAUAAGUGUAAAACAAAGCAUUUGUUCAAAUGUUAGGUGGAUACAUG